CUCUAAUAGGAACGACAAAAUAAGGUUACCAGAUUAUAAUUAGAUCAUUAGAAAAUAAGAAAAUGUCAGAAGAAAGCGAGCCCAAGACAAAAAAGGUUCGCCAUUUGGAGCCAGUAAUUAACAACACUGACAAAUGGCUGGAAGAGAACAGCAAACAUUUCCUGCCACCAGUGUGCAACAAAAUGAUGCACAAUGAUGGACAGAUGAAAUCAUUUUAUGUAGGAGGACCAAACCAAAGAAAGGACUAUCAUAUUGAGGAAGGAGAAGAGCUAUUCUACAUGAUAAAAGGAGAUAUGGUGCUAAAAGUUAUUGAACGGGGCGAACAUAGAGAUAUUCCAAUUAAUGAGGGAGAGAUUUUCUUGCUGCCAGGAAGGAUACCACAUUCACCACAGAGAAAAGCUGAUACUAUUGGUUUAGUUAUAGAGAGGGAAAGAGCAGAAGAUGAAAAGGAUGGAUUAAGGUAUUAUGUUGAAAAGAAUGGUAAACCAACAUUAGAUUCUCUAUAUGAGGAGUGGUUCCAUUGUGAAGAUCUUGGUUCACAGCUUGGACCAAUCAUCAAGAGAUAUUUUGCCUCAGAACAACACAAAACAGGAAAACCAAUUCCUGGCACAAUUCCAGAGAAACCUCCAAUAAUACCAGAUAAACAUAAAUUAUUGGAGGAUCCAUUCAGUUUGAAUCAGUGGUUGGCAGAAAAUAGAACAAUGAUUGAGAGAGAAGGAAGCUUGAAUAUUUUUGGUGAAGAAGCAAAUUAUCAAUUUACAGUUGAUGUAUUUGGUACAGGAUCAAACACAGGGAAGUGUUCCAGUGCAGAAACUUUCAUAUGGAUGUUGGAAGGAACAUCCAAAGUGACAGUAGAUGGUAAGGACUAUGAACUUCACCACAACGAUACAAUGCUCAUUAGAUGUGGACAAAAAUACUCAGCGACCAGACCAACAGGUGCCCUUUCACUUAUCUGUUUUCAGGACCCUACUAGAAAGUCAAAAGUCUUCAAGAAGUCAAAGAAAUAAGAGACCUUGCUGCGACAAGAAAUGUUAUUUCUAGUCAAAUUGGAGGAAGUGGAAUCAAAAACAUUUUUGAUGUGGAUACAGAGAAGAUCAAGUUUAGCAACAAAUAGUUUUAAUGAAUUUCAAAAAUUAAUUAUACUUCUAAACAUAACAAUAAAGUAUUUUAACAAAGAAAAUAAACUAUAAGAUGAAAAUUAUACACUUAAAGAUUUUAA